AUGAAACUACCAAUCGCUGCAUUGUCAUCAAUUCUGCUUGUUUGUUCAGUCACUAUCGCCAAUCCAGUUGUUCCCAGUACGACUGCAAGUACAGAACAUGUCUCAUCGACAGUUGUUCCCAGUUCGACUACAAGUACCGAGUCUAACCCAUCUGCAACUCCUAAUACAAACGGUUUAGACUUGAGCCGUCUUGAUUCACUUUCAGUUGACAUUGAAGAUUUGCUUGACAAUUAUUCAGAAAGAAAGCAUGACCAUGAUAGGCAUAGAAAAGAAUGCGAAUUGAUAAGGCUUCGACUUGAGGAUCAAGAGGACCUGGUAAGCCAUUUGGAGGAAGAGUUUGACGAUUUGAAAUUUGAACUUCAAGGAAACGGUCACAGCGAUUCAGAAUAUAGUGAUGAUGAUGAAAUGGAAAGGACUGAGUUUGAGCUUCAAAACGGAUAUUCCAAACUUAUCAGACUUGAAAGAAAGGAUAAAAUGUGCAGACUCAAGCAUACUCGUUUUACUCGACAACUGAAACUCGUCAAAAUAGAUCUUGUGAAAUCCGUUUUUGGAGCAUCUUUCAAUAUUGAAUUACUAGAGGAGCAACUUUCGCUUAUCCUCUCACACUCUCUCGUUAAACAAUACCUUGAAGGACUAUGUAGUGGUGAACAAUCAUCAGCAUGCAGAAACGAUUUUGGUCAAGAUCCUGAUGCUGAACAACAACAACAAGAUCCUGAUGCUGGACAAGAAAGCUAA